CUCUCUCUCUCUCUCAGUUUUAUUUUAAAAAAUACGUACUUUCGCUUUGGUGCACUUGGUUUUCAUCAUUUGUUUAAUACUUGGUCCACUGCUUGCUGCUUUUAAUCAUGUUGGCAAGCCAGGUCCACUUUCUCAUCCCCAACCUCCAACCUCUCUCCCUCUCUCUCUCUUCUUUUUUGACAUAACUGAAAAUAUGGGUUUUUGAAAGCAGCUUGAUGGGUCUGUGACUGUGAAUGUGUUGAAAAGAUAUGGAACAUCAUGAUCAAAAUCAAUCAAAGCCAUCUUCUUCCUCCUCCUCAUCAUCUCCGGGAAGUGGAGGAGGAACAAAGAGGGAAGAUGAAGAAGUGCCUCUUCCUCUCAAGUCUGAAGAUAAAGCAAAAGCAGCUGCCGCAACAUAUCCCACUUUCUUUGGGAAGCAUAGGAUGACUGCUGCCAUUUCUCAUCUCCAAAACCAGAUCAACAUCAUCCAGGAUGAACUGAAUCAACUUGAAACCUUGGGAGUAUCCUCCAUUGUCUGCAAAGAACUUGUCUCAAGCGUUGGAAAUGUUCCGGAUCCACUACUUCCAAUGACUAAAGGACCACUAGAUGUGGGUUGGGAUCGUUGGUUCCGAGGAUCCCAUAACUCCCGGAACAACAAACGCUGGAUCUAACUCCAAAAUUUCCCACGAAAUUUCUACCAUUUCAAUACGCAAAGAAUCAAGAGAGACACAGAGAGAAGAGGAGAGGAGCUUAUUGGUGUAUUUUCAUUUAACCAUCAUGGUUUGAAUUCUUAAACCAAUGUACUUAUAAUGCCUUAAAGAGCAAAUGCAUAAAAGACACACAAGGAAAUUCAUAUUGGUUA